CCGUUCCUAACUUCAUAUCUGAUUCUGACUUUGUGAUAUAUUUCCAUAGGCGUUAUCUCCAACCCACGUUUAUCAUUCAUAUUUACUACCAUACCCCGCUCAUCGAUCGUCAAGGGUCUAAGUAAAACUAGUCCCAGCGCUGACCGUUGGACGAAACUCCUGUGAUACAGAUAGGUGCAGGUCGGCUUACGGUGUCGUGGCUGGGGGAGAAUUAUAUGCGCAACAAGCAGCGGAUCCUAUCAGUCUCCCACAACAAGGGGCUUCAUUUCGAAGAACAUCUAAUUUGAUGCUGUGUUCGGAAUUAUCUUCUGUAGCUUUUAUUCUCGGAACAUUGAGACUGCUUUAGCAAUGGCUUCCACGCAGCCGACUGGGUCUUCUGCGCCCUCAUCUAACCUGAAUUCUCCAAUCUUGCCUCCCGGAGGUACCUCUUUUUUCGCCGGUUCUAUACCAGACACUAAUGCAAGGUCCUCUCCUGUGCCGGCUAGUCAUGCCCUGACGCAAGCUGAUGGGCCGAAGUCAAAACGCACGAAACGUGAUAGCCGCAAAAAGCGCGAGGCCAAGGGGCUGGAUCAGGAAAAUAUGCCACCCAAGAAGAGGACGGUUGCUGUCCAGAACGCCGCGCUUCCAAGCUCAGAACUCAGCAUACUACGGCCAUUAUUGCUUGCUGAGCCUCGAGCAUCCGAUCUAUUACCUCCACAGCCUCGUCAGUUGAACUUUGUGAAUCGGAAAGAGUCGGAGGCUAUGGGCCAGAGUUGGGACUUCUUCGAAAUUGUCGACAAACUCACAAAUAAAAAUGGAUUCCGCUAUAGCUAUGCCAUAGCUGACCCGGGCUUCCCCCAUAUCAAGUACCGCCAGACUGACGUUUACCCCUACCACGCUCGUUUUAGCUUUGAAGACUCUCCAGCCGCUAUAUUUUUCAGUAGGGAUGCUCUUGCUGUCACUUCUAAUGAGCCCUGGCACACUGCACGUGCCAACGUCUGCGCUCGUGAAGGAUCCUAUUACUACGAGGCGCGUAUUGUUAGUGGGGUUACGAAUAGCACACUGGCGGCCUCUUCCAAUGGCAAUACGUGCCUGCCUUCUAGAGGCCAUGUACGCCUUGGAUUUGCACGGAGGGAGGCAGACCUCGAUGUCAAUGUUGGCGUUGACUGUUAUGGAUAUGGUAUUCGUGACGUGAAUGGCGAGGUCGUCAAUCGAAUGCGUUGCGAAUAUUUUUUCCCCAAAGGCGAAUCUAUUCGCGAGGGUGAUGUUAUCGGUCUCCUCAUUACCCUCCCGUCAUUGUCGCUCCACAAAAGAGUCGUUGAGGGAACAUAUGACCCGAAUACAGACGGCGAUGCUUCAACACCGAGCUCAGAAGUCUUUUCGGCUCCGAAUAUAGUCCGUGAUCGCAUUCCUUUCCACUACAAGUCUGAUUUUUGCUGGCAACAAUCAAAUGUAUUUUCAACGAAACAGCUGCGCGAUUAUGCGUUCAAUCUCAAAGAGACGCCUACUUUUGGACCGCCAUCCCCUUUUAACGGCGAGGAUGCAUCUUUGCGGACCUUGCCCGGCUCAAAUAUCACGAUAUAUAAGAACGGUGUCAAGAUGGGGACCCCCUUCAAGGAAUUGUAUGCAUUUUUACCCCCGGCUAGCCGGCUUGCCAAUGGCACAAAUAACUUGGGCAUUGGUGAGCGCGAGAAUGCAGAUGACGGGAUGAUCGGUUAUUACCCUGCUGUCAGUUGCUAUGGCGGAGGUGCUGUUGAAUGCCGCUUUGAAGGGCCAUGGUGGGUGGGCCCACCUUCUCAUGCGGAGAAUGGCGAGCCAGUCCGGGGGAUAGGCGAACGCUUCAAUGAGCAAAUUGUUGAGGAUGUUGUUGCUGACAUUGUCGAUGAGGUUGAAGCGAUGUGUGUCUGGGGCGGAGUAGACGGCAACAUUGUCAACAAUGCGGAGCUUGAUGGUUCUGGUACUGGGGCAGUUGGUGGCUCUGAGGUGUUGAAAGGUGGUGUCAGUGCGGCUUAUGAGUCUGCCAUGGCUCCGGUUUCAGAGAUUCAGAGUGCGGCUACUGUUAAUCCUACUGGUAACGAAACAGCGAGUGUCAUGGACCUAGAUCCAGGCCACACCACGUUUGAGGACGCCAUGGGCGCCGAUGCAGCAGGCACACCUGUAGUAGAAGCGCCCCAGGCUGCUAUGCCCGAGGCGGCAACUGGCGAUGUGGAUGUUGAAAUGUCUUGACUGCCGUGCCGUCGAAAUCUCGCUCUAUGUUCGCUUGACAGGGCCCUUGAUCCUUCGCCCUCGAGGGUCAUGCUGCGACAUCUCGUGGUAGUGUAAACAUGACCAGUAGAUAUCCUUUGGCAUGAAAUCCUCCCUACAACUCUACAGAACGUGCCAGUCUUCAUUAUACUUUUUUACAGUCAGGAUC